AAAUUUAGUUGAUACUUGUACUUAAAGAAGAUAGGAGAGAAAAUGGCGGUAUCUCCAGAACAAGAACACCCCAAGAAGGCCUUUGGAUGGGCUGCCAGAGAUUCAUCUGGUGUUCUCUCUCCCUUCAGAUUCUCCAGAAGGGCAACAGGAGAGAACGACGUGACGUUCAAAGUAUUAUACUGUGGGAUAUGCCAUACAGACCUUCACAUGGUCAAGAAUGAAUGGGGUCUUUCUACGUAUCCUCUAAUUCCCGGGCAUGAGAUUGUUGGUGUAGUGACACAGGUGGGGAGCAAAGUAGAGAAACUUAAAGUUGGAGACCAUGUUGGUGUCGGAUAUAUGAUCGGAGCUUGCCAAUCAUGUGACAGUUGUUCCAACAAUGCUGAGAAUUACUGCCCCGAAAUGAUACCCACCUCCGGAGCCAAGUACCACGAUGGAACCACAACAUAUGGAGGUUACUCCGACAUCAUGGUGGCGAAUGAGCACUUCGUAGUGCGUGUUCCCGACAACCUGCCUCUUCACGGUGCUGCUCCUCUCCUAUGUGCUGGGGUUACAACUUACAGCCCCUUGAGGUAUUUCGGACUUGACAAACCCGGCAUGCAUGUGGGUGUGGUAGGCGUCGGCGGUCUGGGCCACGUGGCCGUGAAGUUUGCAAAGGCUAUGGGGGUUAAGGUCACAGUGAUCAGUACCUCCCCCAAUAAGAAAGCGGAAGCCAUUGAAAACCUCGGUGCUGAUUCAUUUUUGGUCAGCCGCGACGAUGGGCCAAUGAAGGCUGCCAUGGGCACAAUGGAUGGUAUCAUUGACACAGUUUCUGCUGUCCACCCUCUCUUGCCUUUGAUUGGUUUAUUGAAGAAUAAUGGAAAGCUUGUUUUGGUUGGAGCACCAGAGAAGCCUCUUGAGCUACCUGUUUUUCCUUUGCUCAUGGGAAGGAAGAUAAUGGCUGGUAGUGUUGUUGGAGGUAUGAAGGAAACCCAAGAGAUGAUUGAUUUUGCAGGUAAACACAACAUAACAGCAAACGUCGAAGUUAUCCCAGUUGAUUAUGUGAACACAGCUAUGGAGCGUCUCAUCAAAACAGAUGUUAAAUACCGUUUUGUCAUUGACAUUGCAAACACAUUGAAGUCAAGCUCUUAAAUUUUACAUCCCAAAGUUACUCAUCUUGGCAAAAUAAGAUUAUAUAUACCAAAUUCAAUUUAGUUGUUUCAGCGAUGUUGUCUACCGUAUGGUGAAAAUUAUACAUUUUCAU